AUGGAUUUUUAUCAACCCAUCGUUCCCGACGAGCCGAUAGCCCCAUUGAAUUUCGAAGGUUCCAAGGCGGAGAUAGAGGAGCCGUUUCCAAUUGGACUUCUUGGAAUCUUCUUUCCCAAACCAGUUCUUGAUCCUGAGGCGAUGGCGUCAAGUAUAAAACAGCCUUACCCCCCAGUGGAAAAAGAAUCGCCCGGCAGACAUCAACCAUCUGAUCAUCUUACCAUCAUGUAUACCAAGGCUAUUCUCCUCUCCCUCAUCGCCGCUGCCAGCUCGCAGCAGGUUGGCACCGAACAGGCGGAGACGCACCCUACUAUGACAUGGGCAAAGUGCACUGGCAUCGGAGGCUCCAGCUGCGCAUCGCAGUCAGGAAUGUGCUCGACUCGAACUGGAAUGGGUCCACAAGACAACGAAUCCUGCGCGAAGAACUGUGCCCUCGAGGGUGGUGAUUACCCAGGCACGUACGGAGUUAACGUGAGCGGAAACUCGAACAAGUUGACCUUCGUCACGGAGGGACAGUACGCCACCAACAUUGGCUCCUGA